UAUCUCCAUUGAAAGUGAGGUGUGUGUUACCUGUUUCCGUGCCGUGGCAUUGAAAGUUAAGCCGUAUCAAAGUUACAAUCGUGGCUGUAAAAAUUCAAGGAGAAAGGAACAAUCAUUUCUGUUCCGUGGAUGGCCGAGGUAAACGAAAAGAUGGCCUUCCUUGUACUACAUACAUAAGAACGUGAUACUUCCUGUGAGUGAGCGUAAGACCACGGCGAUAAUUUAACUGUUCACUGAUCAAAAACAAAAUUCAAACAACUGACGAGUAACGACCCCAUAAAUUUAUUGUUGUGGUGCCUCUCACGUGGUCAUGUAGAUCUCGUGGUCUACUGUUCGUUCCUUCUUUAUCAUCGUCUAGUAUUUUGGUUAUCUCGGGCUUUACACUUCCAUCCUAGAUCAUGAUCUCAGUGACCUCUAUUCACAGGAAGAGGUGCUAAAGAACGAUGCAAUACCAUGCCAUGCCACUGUGCCUGUCAUCAUGAAGAAAAGCGAUGCCAUUGUGCUGGGCCCCAAGCCUACCAAAGCGUGCGUCAACUGCCGCAGGUUGAAGAUGAAAUGUGAGGUCGAUGGGACUCCUCCAUGUCGUCGAUGUCGCCAUGCAGACGCCGCUUGUGUGUUCAAGCCUAGGUCUAAUGCUGCGGCUGCCCAUGAGAUCGUGUCAUUAUCGGAGGGUGGACAAUGCACAACUUUAUUGUCUCACUUGGCACAGUCUGAUCCAACUGCAGGGUCCGUUCUCAACCGGCUGGAUAGAAUUGAGGCCAUUCUAGGAAUCCAGAAGGGAAGAUAUGCCGUAGGGACGGUCGGUGUUGAUUCGGAUCAAGACGAAGAGGCCAGCAUGCCCAAUUCAGAACUAUCGAAAGCUGUCAGGCAUCUCAGACUCAUUACUCGCCCACCACAAAAUAAUAGUCUUUGGUCUUAUUCCACAGUCAAGGGUCUAUGGGAAACAUUUCUCAACAAUCUACCACUACUGCACUUUUUAAAGGACCAGAGAGCUUUCUCCUCCCCUUCGCCCCUGUUGCUUGCCUCCGUGCUCUACAUAUCUGCACUCCAUAACCCAACCAAGGAACUUGCAUCAUUGGCAAGGGAGUAUUUUGUAGCCACAUGUGAUGCUAUCACUGAACUGGUUAUCCCAAUUCCCCAACCAAAUGCCCUCGGUGGAUUUAAAUCAAAUCCUGCAGGUCGGAAUCAUCUAAGCUGCAAAGAUGAAGACAAGACGUUCCAAAACAUCCUGGGCCUUAUAUUGGCUAGUCUGGUGUCCGAGGCCUACAUCGGGACCACUGACAAGUGGAUAGCAAUUGCCUACCGACUCUUGCUGGACAGCUGCCCGACUGACUUGAAUGAUAUGACCCAAGACUGGUGCGGUCUACUGUCUGGAAUCCAGGUGAUUGAUAUCGAACAUGCCUCCAUGCAUAUGUGUCAUCCUCUGCUACCUCGACAACCGCCGACUCCAUCUCUCCAACAACUAAACAGCCACGAGGGGGAUGCAUAUCGAGGUCUAACACAGAUUAUGCACCAGGGACUCAGUCAUUUCGUGGGACGGUGCCUACCUACUAUAUGGUCGUUCGUUAGCUCGACUGGAAUCGACUCCACGAGUCAUGUCCGUACACCCUUCACAGAUGAAGACUCUAGGGUUAUUCGACUCUGGGCAAGGAGGCUUGAUGACUGGCUUGUCCGAUACAAUGGGACAUCCCAACCCUCUCCAUCAGACCGCCAAGGAAUUCUCAUUCUUCUACAAUACCACCUUCACAAACUAUACGUGCUGUCGAUCUAUCAUCCAGCCCGUGGAUUUGAUAUGAGCUCCACGAACAUUACUCCAUCAGAAAGGCAUGAAUUGCUAGUAUCAGCACGGGCCGUGCUACGACUUCGCCAAGACGAUGCCAGCAUAUGGUCUAACUGGGACCUCAUAAUGAUAACAUGGGCGGCAAUGCUCCUCUUGCGGGGUGUGGAGGACGGUAUGAUAUGUCAAGAUGAUCUGUGUCUUAUUCAAACACACAUCAGCAGCCUAGAACGAAGUGAUCCCUCAGUACCUAGCAUUCAUGGGGUGCUUGCAGACCGAAUUCAGUCCAGCAUGCAGAGCAUGCACACCACGCCUGAUAUGAGCCAUGAAUUGUCUUUCCCGCCACCCAACGUGGAUCAUUCAUGGACAAUUUUUGAUCAAGAGAUAAUGGCACUCGCAAACCCGUCCUGGCUUUUCGAAGGGCCUUCGGUCGGUUCAACCCAGACUGAACUCUCACAGCAUUCAGCAAUGUCGUCAGCACGGUACACCGAUGGUCUAACCACCACCAGUCCCAAUAGCUUCGACCCCAGCAAACAGUGGGGCCCCACAGAACAGCUGGCUGGUGUACGGAUGUCAAGGUUUAAUCCAACUUUCAGCCAUGGCAAAGCAACGGGCAAUGAUCGCUAUUUACUAUGAUUGAACUGUUUUAUCAAGUACAACCGUUUGUUGAGAAUAGACCGUGAACUAUCUUUCUGUCUUUAGAAAAAGAUCUCUCUCUUUCAAAGCUCAGACUACUCACUACAAUGUAAAAGCGCAAGAACCUAGUACGUUUCAUUCAUUUCUGAUCGUAUCGGGUAUAGAAUUGUCAUUUCAUCAGUCGUUAUACUGUACAAAGCUAUAUGGCUGCCACAUAGCACAAGAUGUCACGGCACCUUGCUUUACCUGUACAUGAGCUCUGGUGCCAAAGAUCCACUCGACUUAAGAUGUCGGUGUUUGGU